AUGGCGCGCAUCCGCCAUCGCAAGGAUGCCUGGGCCGUCUUUGCCUUUCUCAUCGUCGUCCAGAUCAUCUGUCUUCGCGGCAGCCAACGCCUUCAGCACAGCCUAGCUCCGCAGUCGGUCUCACGACCCGCGCAGACAUGGCUCAAGCGAGAUGAGCCCCCAUUGCUGCAGCCCUUGAAGCAUACGACCACAUCAACUCUGCACUCUCCAACGCCAACAUCCCAACCUACUCCCGACCCGGAUCAUCCCACCACUCCCGCAUGCCAGCCCAUCCCCCUCGAUCAUUCCCCCAAACACAUCUGCAACCAUGUCAUUCAGCACUGCUCCUCCUCCGGUCAUUUCGACUAUCUGCGCUUCUACUACUGCGCCGGCGUCGCACGUCACGACACUGAUCACGACGAGCCCUCCCAUCCAUCGCCUCCCUCCACCCACCCCAGUCCACGCAUCGGCAUGUCGGCGCUUCGCUUCCUUCGCCUGCUCUGCAUCCUCCUCUGGAUGCUCUUCCUCUUCAGCUGGGUCGGCGUCGUCGCCAGCGACUUCUUCUGCCCCAACCUCAGCACCAUCGCUUCGCGACUCGGCCUCAACGAGAGCACCGCCGGCGUCACCUUCCUCGCCUUUGGCAACGGUUCGCCCGACGUAUUCUCCACCUUUGGCGCCAUGAAGUCCGACUCGGGCUCGCUCGCCAUCGGUGAACUCAUCGGAGCCGCCUCGUUCAUCGUCUCGGUCAUCUCGGGCUCCAUGAUGCUCAUCGCCCCCUUCAAGGUCAAGCCCUGGCCCUUCUGCCGCGACGUAGGCUUCUUCACCGUAGCCGUCGCCUUGACCUUAGCCUUCCUCUUCGAUGGCAAACUCAGACGCAUCGAGACCAUCGCUCUCAUCGCCCUCUACCUCCUCUACGCCACCACCGUCAUCGUCGGCGCCUGGUGGCAGGAACGCACGCGCAGGCAAAAACGCAGACUCGCAGCCGCAAGGGAAGAGUUCGACUCCCAGCUCGACCACGCCUCCGUCCGCAGCCGUGCUAGCAGCCUCUCGGCCCAAAGCACGAUACACGAACGUGACCGCAGUCGCCUUCUCGCCCCCCCUUCUCUCGACUCGUCACAACGCAUGCCCAGCCCAUCCGAGUACGACCCCGACUUUGACCCCUUCGAAAACUGGGCCAGCCAACGGGCCGCCCGCAGCGGCGCCUCCUCCCCGGAUGCUUCCCGUCCAGCAAGUCGCGCGCCUUCCAUCCACACCCCGGGAUCAACCGCCUCGCGCUCAGUCACCAAGCCUUCGCUCAGCAUCCGUCCCAACCUCGUCCCACGCCACUCGCUCCUAUCGGCCAUCGAGUUUCGCGACGUCGUUCAGAGCCUUCGCCGCGAAGCAAACGCAGAUCGCUCCCAAGAGAUCUUCCAGAGCUGGGACCCCGAGCGCUUCCUCGCCGCUCACCAUCACCACCACCAGCACCAGCACCAGCACCAGCACCAGCACACCAAUUCGCUCCUCACAAGGAGCACCUCGGGCGAAGCGCAUCCCAGCAACGCUGCCUUCAACCAGAAUCGCCACCGUCACAACCGCGUGCUCAGCCUAGGUCCCGGCGUGGGCUCCAGCGCCGGCCUCGCAAGGAGCGCCUCCACCGGCUCGGAACGUCGCCGUCUCACCUUCGGUGCCCACGACAGCGUCCAGCCCGCGUCCGCCCAAACAGACACAACGGCCACCACCUCGGUCGAUGCCGCCAACGUUGAGGAUCCGUGGAGGGAGCAUCUGCCUGGAGACGCGUGCGAGCCGCUCAUCUCGCCUGCGCUCCCGCUCGACGAUGCCACGCAAGCACAACCUCACCACGACGACCUGCGCAAGUCAUUACCCAAGCUGCAGAUUCCACAGUGGGACACCAAGGCGGCGCGCAGCCAAGAGGCACGUCGCGUCCAAGCAUCGCGUCAGCGCACCGAUGCGACUAGCACGGGCACAGCAAGCAAGUACCGCGCCGAUGCGCUGCCCAGCCAGAGGCGCAUCCGCCCUGAGCGCUCGGCGGGCGGACUGGUGGCUUGGAAGGUGCGCGUCAUCUUGAACGCGCUCUUUCCCUCGUUGCGCCACCUGCACUCCAAGUCGCUAUUGGGCGCCUUUGUGAGCAUUGCAACCUCGCCCGCCAUUCUGCUGCUCAACCUCACGCUGCCGGUCGUCGACGACGACGCCGAACGAGCCGAGCGCGAGUGCGACACCGCUGAAGCCGACGGCAUCGGUGCGGUGCGUCUCGAAGGCGACGAAGCCGACUUGCAGGCCGCAGCCGCCAACGAGGACGCCGAAGACUCGGUGACGUCGCCGUCUUCGCACACGGCAGCCUGGAGCGCCGAGGAGCGCGUUGAGGCCGAGGAAGACGCCGAACGCCAGGCGAAUACGCAGCGCGACCGCGAGAUCGCGUCUGCGUUGCGCCAUCUGCCGUCGCUGGGCGGAUCUCCGCUCUCGCUCGGAAGCGGACCGGAGAGCGGAAGCACCCUGCGAUUCCCAUCGGCGCAGUCGCCAAUGCCAGUCGACUCGCAGACGCCAUAUGCUGGCAGCGCAGGCGGUUCGGACGCAGCCAGCUUUACGAGCUGCACAAGCAACGCGAGCUGCGAGGCCGAGGACCAGGAGAUGAGACGGUCCAUCCGUCGCUUUCUCAUCCUGUGUCAGUGCGUGUGGGCGCCGACGUUUGUCACGUGGGCGAUCGUCUCGUCGUCGGGCAGUCCGCGUCUGGGUCUGAAAGUAGGUAUCGCUGCAGUGGCGGGCGCGAUCAUCGCGGGGUUAACCUUCAUGGCGAUGCGGCGCAAGGACGCGGGACAUGCGCGCUACUCGGACCGGACGCUGUCGACGUUUGGCAUGAUCCGAUGUUCGAUGGGCUUUGUUGUUUCAGUGAUGUGGAUCAUGUCGAUCGUCGACGAGGUGGUGUCGAUCCUGCAGACGGUCGGCAUCAUCGUGGGGCUGUCCGACGCCAUCCUGGGCCUCACCGUGUUUGCGGUAGGCAACUCGCUGGGCGAUCUGGUUGCCAAUGUGACGAUCGCGCGGCUAGGACAUCCCGUGAUGGCCAUCAGCGCGUGCUUUGCCGGACCGAUGCUCAACCUGCUGCUGGGCAUCGGCAUCUCGGGAACGUAUCUGCUGUCCAGUUCCGGCCACAAGGGCAAAUGGAGCCACGACGGUGCGCCGGGCAUCUACCCGAUCGACUUUAACCCGACGCUGCUCGUGUCUGGACUGGGGCUGCUCUUCAUCCUGGUGGGCACGCUGAUCGCGGUGCCGAUGAACAACUUCCACCUCACGCGUCCGAUCGGACUGGCCCUCAUCGGCGCGUACGUGCUCAUCAUGACGCUCAACCUCUUGACCGAGGUUUUUUGGGCUCGAGGCCAUUCUGUAUCAUAG